AUGGCACAAGCCCAUGUGUUGUGGGCCUUCCAGGCGCAGCCGUCGACGCGCGAGUCGCGGCAGCGGCGGCGUGAUCUCAGUGAUGUGACAGAGGCAUAUUCCUCAGAUGAAGACGCCGAUCAGCCGUAUCCGGCGUUCCCUGAAAAUGGUUUUGGUGUGUCGCGGCCCCCGACGACGAGCACGCCCCACGACUUGUCGGCGCUGGAAGAGCAAGCAGAGGAUCGUCGCUGGCUGCCAUCGACAAAUGUGAUCGUGCGCGCAGGUUCCACACAGCACACAGCAGAGCUAGCUAUGCGGCAACGUGCGCGUCAGGAAGCUCGUCGUGCAGCACGCGCCUUGCACAUUCCAUGGCGUGGGCAAGUCGCAGACGAUGCACGGCUCCUGCGUGUGCUGGAUGGUGUGCCGCCGCUCGGAAGUACCGAAGAUGCUGAUCAGCUCAGUGAUUGGGAAGAAGCCUUGGAAACGGCGAAGCAGGACCGAUUGCGGUUUGGCGAGCGCGAUAUUGUGCAGAUUGGACGUCGGCGCACGCUGUAUGAGGAGGAAAUGAGCCAUACAGACGACGAUAUCCAGCGGCCGCCCUCGGGUGCGAGUUUGGUCAAUUCGCCUUCUAUUUUGCCUGACCACACUGUGCCGCCGCCCCUAGUAGGACCGGUGCCGUGGGAGAGUAUGAGUGCCGACGCGAAUCCUCUAUCCGCGUCAUGGUCAGACACAACAUACCCAAGUCUGAACACACUCAGACGACAUGACGGCGGACUGCGUCCGCCCGCUUCUCCGCCGCACCGGUGGACACCACAAGGCCCACCUCGGCUUGCGGCGGCGGCGGCGGUGCUCGAUCGUCUCACAGCGCAUGAUUCGAUGUCAUAUGAGGACGACACGGCCGAUAUGGACACGUCCCUGUAG